AUGGACGCCCUCCAGAUGCGCCCGCCGCAGGACCCCCAGAUCAUCGAAGACGCCAAGAAGCAGGACUGGUACGUCGACUUUGACGACGUCAACCCCGAGGCCCGCGAGAUCCUCGAGACGUACAGCGGCGUCGCGCAGGGCGACGUGGUGCAGCACGUCAAAGACAUUGUGAGCUCCCCGUCCCCCCGCAAGCCCUCUCUUCCGGUGCAAGCUACUAACCAUCCCUUCCAAAGCGAGAACUUCGUCUACCCGUGCAUCGGCAUGGUCAAGUUCCUCGACAUCGAGAUCAGCAAGACGCCCUGCUACCCCGAGAUCCUCCGUCGCCUCUCCUCCGGCGAGCACUACCUCGAGGUCGGCUGCUGCUUCGGCCAGGAGCUCCGCCGCUUGCUCCUCGACGGCGCGCCCGCCACCAACCUGCACGCCACCGACCUGGACCUGUCCUUCGCCGCCCUCGGCCACCUCCUCUUCCGCGACGCCCACCGCCUCCCGCCGUCCACGUUCGUUGCCGCCGACAUCCUCGACCCUGCCGCGGACGAGCUGGAGCGGCAGCUGCAGGGCAAAAGUAGCAUCGUGAGCGCCUCGCUGUUCUUUCACCUAUUUGACCACGCGCAGGGCGUGGCCAUCGGCAAGCGCUUGGUCGGGUUGUUGGAUAAGAGUAGGAAGGGGCUGGUGGUGGGCGGACAGGUGGGCGGUGAAGAGUACGAGAGGAAGAGCUGGUUGGGGAUGGACUUGUACGUGCACGGCGCGGAGUCGUUCAGGGCGAUGUGGAGGGAGAUUGGCGAGGCGACGGGGACGACCUGGGAGGUGGAGAUGAGGGAGGAAAGGCUGGUGCCGACGAGCGUGCUGGAGAGCGGCAAGAGGUAUUACAUGAUGCGGUUUGUGGCGCGACAGCUCUGA